CCGGCUUCGGGCGCCGCAGAGCCGGGAGGGGCGCCGCGCCCGCCGCAGCCUGCAGCCUUCCCGGGAGCUGGGGGCGCCCAUGACGGCGGCGGCGACGGUGCUCCGGGAGGGCGUGCUGGAGAAGCGCAGCGGCGGGCUGCUGCAGCUCUGGAAGCGGAAGCGCUGCGUGCUCACCGAGCGCGGGCUGCAGCUCUUCGAGCCCAAGGGCACGGGCGGCCGGCCCAAGGAGCUCAGCUUCGCGCGCAUCAAGGCCGUGGAAUGCGUGGAGAGCACCGGGCGCCACAUCUACUUCACGCUGGUGACCGAGGGCGGCGGGGAGAUCGACUUCCGCUGCCCUCUCGAGGAUCCUGGCUGGAAUGCCCAGAUCACCCUGGGCCUGGUCAAGUUCAAGAACCAGCAGGCCAUCCAGACCGUGCGCGCCCGGCAGAGCCUCGGGGCCGGGACCCUCGUGUCCUGAACCGUCAGGCUUACCGUCUGACCUGCGUGCUCCCCACCGACGCGACGCCCUGAGGUCAUGUCAGGUAAGUU